AGUUUACGGGUUAGUUGAUAUUUACGGGUAUUUAAUUUGUACGUGCAAACAAUCAUUCAUCAACUGUUAUUAUAAUAUUAAAAAUAAACUAGGAUCGAAAUAAAUUUCCCUACUUUCUAAAAAAAUCUAUUUGAAAAUUCGCUUUCCAAAAAAUCUGAAGUUUGGGUUUGACCGCCUCUCGUGACCUAGAAGUCUAUGUAGGUCUCCCACCCUUCUGCCUUCAGCUUGAAGCAUCGACCGCCACUCUCUUAGGGCCUCUCUCGCCCCGCAUUGUCAGUCCAACUAUAACCCGUCAGCUGACUCUGUUGUCGCAGCCAUAUCGAUCCAACCAUACCCGCACCGUUUAAACAGAUAGACUUAGCAGCAACCUGAAUCAGCGACUUCAGCUGGUACUAGUUCUGAGUGUGUCCAACAGCGCUUCUUCUAGUGCAUUUGGUUAUGGCGACAAUGGAAUACGCCUUAAAUGGAAAAAAUUCGAUUCUAGAAAACUACUAGACAAUAGCUAGGACGUGACGAUGUCAACAUUGCAUAGGUGCGCCCAUGUACAUGCUCAUUGCGUUCGCCUAACGUUAUAUUUUUAUACGACCUCGAUGUGAACGAAGUUCACAUAUAUUCCGUUGGCAUACAAACAAGAGCAUCAUGGUUCAGACUGCUCCGAGAUCUACGAUCCAUCUUCACCAGGAAAGAGUAGUUUGUAAUUUCUAUUAAUAAAAGUUUAUUCAACAGGUUUCUAACACAUCUGUGCGUGGAUGGAAGAACGAAGUUUGCAUUUAUGCAGGAUCCUGUUUACUUUGAGGCGUUUAGGUUAUGCCACGGUCGUCUAACAGAAGGUUCGAAAACGCAAGUGGUGGCAUGAAAUUGUUUUGUGGUACAGUUACGACAAAGUCAAUAUUGCAAGACAAAUAAACUUCUAUCGUAAAAUCUAACUUGUCCAUUUUACUGUAUAACCUAAUGAAAGUGAAUAUCUACAUGUACCACAUCGUAAAAUCUGUCACUUCUCCGAUACUCUUCUAACUCACAUACAACAAUGUCCUCGUUUCCACUUACCGACAGCAAGCGAACAGGUAAUUCAAACAUAGCGGCAGCAUCGAGCAGCGCGCCGCUAUCACGACGCGACGCUUUUGAGUAGUUGCUUACGGCCUGACCAAGACGGAGACAGCGGGUGAAGACGACAAUGCGUUUACUGAUAGGAAGACACUGAUAGCUAAGCACAAAUCGGACUCGCAAUUUUGUCGCACAUCGCAGGCCCAUGCUUAUCAGCAGUGAAGUAACAAAAUGUUCUAUGGUCGAUAAACACCUGUCCCAUCUGUAACUACCUAUUCACCGCCCAGACUAUAAGAUUUGCUGCCAGAUUAUUUUUACAGUUAGUAUCGGUGUUUUACUUGAGAACGAAGAGGGUGGUCUCUUAUUUCGGUAGAAGGAACCGCCUCACCUUCGUUUGUUGCGACAGAAAAUUAGAGACGGCCAAGUAACUCGUAGCACUUUGCCAGCGGUGACAGAUCCAGGAAGUACAGCAGCAACAGUUAGUCGCUUUGUUGAGGGCAAUUAAUCUAUCGGAUCGCAACUGCCCCUCAGCGAAUGUGUCAGGUUUGUUUUAGUGUAUGCAAUCGCGAUCUUUUUCGAUUAUUCUUUGUGACUCUCCUGAGAGUAAAACAUUGUCCGCUGACCCAGUCCCCAAAGUUGGCAUGUUUUGCGCCUCCAAGGUUCAGUCCUUUUUUUUUAAGUCAGUACUCAUGUCUUUAGGACUGAUUAAUCACUGCUAUAGUUAACGGUGUGUCGUAUACUUAGGUAUAUAAACAUGCUAAUUCGCUUAUAAUCAACAACGACCUGCUAUGAUCAGCAUUGAUGCUGUCAUCGUACUUGUUGUCACGCAGCUGCUAAUGGAAAUAGUAACGUUUGCCUCCCCUUAAAAAUGUCGGUCCCCUCUUAUUGAUUAGUCAUAUGUCGAGAGAUCGAUAUUGCGUUUAGGCAAGAUAAUGACACAACAGAAACUAGUCACUCGUACAACAAUUCGAAACCAUAACCUUCAAAAUAGUAAGUGAUUUUUUAGUUGAAGUUACAUAUCUUAUAAAAGUUGAUCCAUACAUACAGUCAUCUUUUCAAGAACAAGCUCGUCUUUAACAAUGGAAUAUGACGUAAUAUUCUUUUAUCGAGAUUUACAGUGUCGUGAAUAUCAGCCGCUAGGAAAGCAUGAAUGCUCUAGACGCGCCGCUUAGUCUACCGCUAUCGCGAAAAGAUCUGCUCCCCAAAGGAAAACGCGAUCGCAGUUUGUUUAUUUUGAUGUCGAUUGCAGUACCCGGUGUUUUUCUGUUCGAUGUGUUUUACGUACUUCCUCGCGUGCUGUCAGAGUGCAAGAUGAGCCCGAUUGUCCAUGUGCCUUGUGCCCUAUUUAUAUUGCUCAACGUCGGAAGUAAUAUGAUUUAUCUGCUGCGUUCCCGUCCGGCUGCUCGCGAUCUACCACCCUCAACGCUACCCAAUGUUCUCUUGCCAGAGUGGUUUUACUGCCAUGAUUGCCAACUCAACGUGCCUCCACGGAGUUACCAUUGCAGAGUAUGUGACGAGUGCAUCCUCAAGCAGGACCACCACUGUAUGUUUGCUGGGAAGUGCGUUGGCUUUGUUAAUCAAAGGUACUUUGUCAUAGGGGUCGCGUACGUCAUGCUAGGGGCAUUAUACUCUCUCGGUUUUCAUCUCAGCUGGACGAUUGAAACGCAGCUCGGGGGCUAUCGAUGGCAUUUGCUGCUGUCCCAGCUAGCGCCUCACCUCGGAUGGCUGUUCGGCGCCUUUGAUGGAUACGGUUUCCUCGCAGCUAGUCUAAACCUCUUCGAAUUUUUCGUUGCUGCAUUCUGCGCUACACUGCUUUAUAGUCAGGCGAUGUGUAUCAUAAACAACCAAACCAUGUACGAGCGACGUCGCGACGUCAAGAAAUUUACAAACCCUUCAUUGGUCGAAAAUAUCAAAGAAGUGUUCGGCGACCGCUGGUUACUCGUAUGGAUCUGGCCGUUCGUGCACUCACCACCAAAAGGAGAUGGAAUCCACUUUACCGUAUGUCCAUCUACUGAACAGCGCAAAAAUAUCUAAAUCCGGUUCUUAUCAAACUAGCAACAACAUACAAAUCCACUAUCCGGCUCAGACAUCGGACUCACGUACUAAAGGACCGCUUCAUUUGUGAGCAUAGCACGAAUUCCGGUGCGAAACCGUAUAUACACAUAUGAAGCUGGAACGUUUUUAAAGCUAUGAGUUUGAACAGCAUGUAGAAGGUUCACAGAGGUAGCGAACUGUGCAGGCAUCGGCUAAAGACAAAUCGCAGAGACAACCGAGGAAAUGAAAGCCGAAGAACAGCUCAUUUACAAAAUCAGACUUAAGUCGUCGCAGUCUGUAGCAUAAAGCUGGUUCGCGUUCCAGUCCCUAUAACAAGUGACACAUUAUGUACCCAUCAAGCAUUGUACUGUAAAGUAUUGUUUUCUUAACUCCAAGCUCAUUGCAUCCAGCAUUGUACAUUAUCAGUAGUCUAGAGUUCAAUGGCAACUGAUUAAUCCACAUUUUGAAUUGUCGGACGUACAUUUACAAAUACAGAGUUGCUUUGAGGAUAUUUUCCAAACGAGUGUCGAACACACACUCUCCAUGGUAAUAAAUAGUGUACUAAUUGGGGUGCUAACAAGUACCAGCGUACCGUUAUCAAAUGAUUGCACGACGAGAUGGACAAUGUAAAAUGAUUUUAAAUAACAAUAAAAAUAUAUUAAUAUAUAGUAAUGUGUAGAAACGGCUAGUCCUAUAUGUUUAUAACUUGCUUCCCUUACGGGCUGCCCUGUUGUCUAUUUCGUAAUGACGAUACGCUUGAAAGCAAGAGGCCUUAUAUCUUGAUUUACUGUAGCAGGAAUGACAUCGAAGUUUUGUAGAGUAAUAAACGAACCUUGAAUAAUAAUUGAGAUACUAGUGGAGUUGAGUAAGUACACCCCUAAGUUCACUUAGCAACGCAAAUGAAUAAUUAUAUUAAUUAGAUAAUAAUAACAAUAAGCGGAAUGAGAUAUGUGUAUCUUCUGACAAGUGUUUCUCUGCCUGUUAAAACUAUUUCGAUGUUAUCGAUGAUCUGGCAGUGUACCAAUUGCGCACAUUUUAAUCGUUCCAAAUCCCGGCUGUUAUCUUCACAGCAGCUCCUGCCAUAGUCAAUAGACGCAUGCCAUGUUUUUUUGCAGUAUUUAAAAUAGUUUUCGAGCUACUUUAUAGACUUUAACCAUGCUCUUGUUUUUUUCUCGGACACCUCGAUCGUCUCAGACUAAAUGCUUUUACAGAUUGCCCGGGCCAUUUCAGAGGUUUCCCUCUUGGAUCGUGUGCAAUGUCUAACUCUUUUGCAGACUUUAUGAAUGUAACCUGAAAUCUUCACAGACGAGUUCUUUUGACUCUUUCACAUUUUUGUAAGUCUCUUUCGUCCAACGCGAAGCUACUGGUACUACUUGUAUUCUCAUUAAUCACUUGAAAUGUUAUCUCUAAAAGUCCUCCACAGACCUAGCAUCAUUUUCGAGCACGUAAUUACGUUCUUAACAUAGGACACGAUGCACACUCUUUCGUGCUAGGAUUGUUUCCAAGAAACGAAAACAGGUCAAGAGUCGUUCACUAAAAAGCGCUUGCAAAAAGGCAACGCCUUAACGCCCAAAUUCGGCCUACGAAUUGUGGACAGAUAGGCGAGUGUGUUGUCCCAAGUCGGCUCCCGAGAAUCGGCCUUAAUCCACGCUUGCUAUCGAUACCUGAAUAUUUUAAUGGGCGGUAGAUACGCAUAAAUUUGUUUAUUUUAUAUUUACUUCUCU